UCUUUACACAUGUUGACUUUAAAAUGGUGUCUCUCUUUGUCUUCCAGAUAAGUUGUUUGGGAAGCGGCUUCUGCAGGCUGGGAGACACAUCCUGUCUCAUAAGUCUUGGAUGAAAACAGUGCCCACGGAGAACUGUGAUGUCCUCAUGACAUUUGCAGACACUACAGAUGACCACACGUUGCUAUGGCUACUAAACCACAUCCGGCUUGGAAUCCCAGAGCUCAUCAUCCAAAUCCGGCAUCAUAAGCACACCAGAGUCUAUGCUUUCUUCAUUACUGCUACUUUUGAAAAUUUACUGCGAGGUGCAGAGGAGAUGGGACUGAGGAAGGGGGUGAAACCUGAGUUUGGUGGAGGAGCGCGGAGCUUCUCCUGCGAAGAGGACUACAUCUACGAGAACAUUGAGAGCGAGCUGUGCUUCUUCACUUCACAGGAGAGACAAAGCAUCAUCAAAUACUGGUUGGAUAAUCUACGUGCCAAACAGGGCGAGGUUCUUCAUAAUAUCAACUUCCUGGAAGGCCAGCCAAUCAUACCGGAGCUGAAAGCUAGAGGUGUGAUUCAGCAGGUGUUUCCUCUCCACGAGCAGAGGAUUCUCAAUCAGCUGAUGAAAUCCUGGGUCCAGGCAGUCUGUGAGAAACAGCCUUUAGAUGAUAUCUGCGAUUACUUUGGGGUGAAGAUUGCGAUGUAUUUUGCCUGGCUGGGUUUCUACACCACCUCCAUGUUGUAUCCUGCUGUGAUCGGCUUUGUGCUGUGGAUGCUCACAGAGUCGGAUCAGACGAGUCGUGACAUCUGCUGCGUAGUGUUUGCUCUCUUCAACGUGGUGUGGGCCACUCUGUUCCUGGAACGGUGGAAGAGGCGGGGAGCAGAGCUGGCGUACAAAUGGGGAACACUGGACACACCUUCCAAAUCCCUGGAGGAGCCUCGUCCUCAGUUCCGGGGAGUGAAGCGCUGCAGCCCCAUAACGGGAUGUGAGGAGUUUUACUAUCCUGCAUGGCGCAGGCGUGUGUUCAGAUGGCUGGUCAGCCUGCCCAUAUGUAUCCUCUGCCUCUGCUUUGUCUUCCUCGUCAUGCUCAUCUGUUUUGAGCUGCAGGAGUUUGUGAUGGGGAUCAAGGAAAUGCCUCGGCUGGCUCGCUUUAUCCCUGAAAUCAUGCUUGCUAUCACUGUGAGUGCAUGUGACGAGGUGUACAGGAAAAUCGCCUGCUGGCUCAAUGACAUGGAAAACUACAGACUCCAGAGUGCCUAUGAGAAAAAUCUCAUCAUCAAAAUGGUUCUUUUUCAGUUUGUAAAUUCUUAUCUCAGCCUUUUUUACAUUGGAUUCUACCUCAAAGACAUGGAGCGUCUGAAGGAGAUGCUGCUGCUGUUGUCUCUGUUACGGAGUCUGCAGCGGCAGGUCCGGGAAAAUCUGCUUCCUUACAUCCUCUUCAAGGUUCAGAUGAUUGUGGUCUCUGUACCGUGGUUCUUCAGGGCUUUGCUCAGGUCUAAAAUGCUGGCCACUCUGCUCAUCAUCCGUCAGUUCCUUCAGAAUGUGAAGGAGGUCCUGCAGCCUUACCUGUAUGAGCGACACAAGCUGGGGGAGCUCUCGUUAAGAGCCGUUUGGGAUCUGCUGCUCUCUGUUCUGCUAAAAUACGCCCGGCUGGCGGCUGGAAAGGUCCAGGCCUCUCCCACGGACCAGGCUGUGCCUGGACCCGGACUGAGGGGCACCAGACCUGGAUUGGGGCAGUCAGAACGAAGGGAGAGGAAGUGUUUGAACGGCGGAUGUGGAGUGCCUGAUGAGGACGAGGGAGGAGAGCGGGACGAGGCUGAUAGCGGGAGGUUCAGUGAAGGAGAAACAGAGGAGGAGAAUGUGAUUGACUGCGGUCUGAAGCUGAGGAAAGUCAGCUUUAUAGAGAAGGUGGACAGAAGGCCGGCCUGUGGUGGAGCCUCCAUGGAAAACAGCUUCCUGGAAGAAGGGAGCCCCACCAUGGUGGAGAAGGGAAUGGACCCUGCUUCUGUGUUUGAAAUGUGUGACGACGACGACGAUAAUGGCAUCCAUGAUGUGAAGGACUCAGGAGGGGGUGGCUCUGAGGGGCUCAGCGCUGCUGCUGCAGGUGGCGUAGCCUCGCCGCCCUCUGCCUCCGAGAACAGCACGUCACUGCGUCACAGGAGAAGAGGGCAGAGCGUUGAGAGGGCGGAGCCUAAAAGCAAAAGGGAUUCAUGGAUGGAUCCUCCUGAGGAGAUCGAGAGCACCACGCUCACUCAGGCUGAGAUGGAAAGCUGCAUGCAGACCUACGCUGUAAGAACCCCUCUGUAG